AUGGACAGCAGUAAUCACAUUGUGGUGACCUAUCUCCAAUUGUUACCCUUCUCCAACAUUCCAGAGAUCCAAGGCUCUCUCUUUUGCCUGUUACUGUUCAUGUACCUCAGUACUUUGGUGGGAAACAUCCUCAUCAUCACAAUCACUAUGGUAGAUGCUACCCUUCACUCUCCCACGUAUUUUUUCCUUAAGAACUUUUCCUUCCUGGAGGUUAGCUAUACCACAUCCACCAUCCCCAAGAUGCUAGUGAACUUUCUCACAAAGAGGAAGAACAUAUCUUGGGGCUGUGCCACACAGAUGUAUGCUUUCUCCCUCCUCGGGAUGACAGAAUGCUGUUUGCUGGCUGCCAUGGCCUACGACCGCUAUGUGGCCAUAUGCCAGCCUCUGCACUACACGACCACGAUGAGAUGGAACACGUGCUUCUUGCUUUCAGCUGUGCCUUGGCUUACUGGUUGGAUUCACAAAUUCAUCCAGGUUGUAUUUGUUGUUCAUCUUCCCUUCUGUGGCCCAAAUGAACUCAACAAUUUCUUUUGUGGUGUUACACAAGUGAUUAAGUUAGAAUGUACCAACACUUACAUAUUGGAGUUUAUUAUGUUUGUCAACAAUGACCUAGUCAUCUUUAUAUGUUUCAUUUUUCUGCUGAUUUGCUACAAUGUCCUACUAGGGGAGAGCAAAGCAGCAACUACCUGCGCUACCCACAUCAUUAUUGUCUUUGUUAUGCUUGUACUAGCUAUAUACAUUUACUGCUGGCCUUUCUACACGUUGCCUCUGGGCAAGGUAGUGGCUGUGUUCCACACCAUGGUUUUUCCCCUUAUCACCCCCAUGAUCUACACCUUGAGGAACAGGGAGAUCUUCAGUGCCAUGAAAUGUUUGGCAGCACGCACCAUAGCGGUGCCCGAGCUGAGCGCAGCACUGGGCUGCAUCCGGACCUUCAGCCUGCCCAGGGAGUCCUGGAGCCCCAUGAUGGAAUGUUGCCAGUAG